GAUAUCGACAUUUAUAACACGACAAUGUCGAUCAUGGCUGUACAAGUGGAAGUAUUGUUCCUUCUAGCAUUACUUGCAAUGAUGACAACCAUCAGCGCCAAGGCCAAGUGUCCUACAGUACCGGUCAUUGCUGAUUUCAGCACAAAGUUGCACAGGGGCACCUGGUACGAGAUCGAAAGGAUUGAUAACCCGUUACAGAUGACAGCAAAGUGCAUUUCGUACACAUAUUGUCCAAAACGAAACGGUGACAUGCGUGUUUCCUACGGCAGGCUAGAACUUGCGAUGUUAAACAGAACGACGACCAGAGGCACCCUUACACGUAUUGAUAGGAAAUAUCCGAAUCAGUUCAAACUGUCACUCGAAGCCAUCAACGAUCUGGACCAAAGCGUCAUAUACACGGACUAUAAAAAGCACGCUGUCUUGUACGGAUGUGAGGGCGGUAUCGAAUUCGCUUUUAUACUAUCCCGAGAGAGAAAGCCUAUAGGGAGGAGGACACUCCGACGAUUGUAUCAGUACCUGAGAGAUCUGGGUACCGACGUAAACCAACUAAUCACCUCCGACCAGACCGGAUGUGACGUCUGUUCCAGAGUUUGCUAACUCUGCUUUCACUAUGCGCUGAUUUAAAUGAAAUAUAAACAAAAGCAU